AUGAAUCCCUCAUCUCCUUCUGCGAAUUCUGCACAGAGCUCUCCAAGUCCGAAUCCACAGUCAAGCACACUCAGUCAUCGCCCGAGUCAGCGCCAGUCCCAAAGCUCAGGCACACCGUCCCCAAACCCUGCAAAUGCCCCCAUCCCUGAUGACGACCAUGGCGCGGACCUGCCCAUGAAUAUGUCCGCGUCGGUCAUGCUGACAAACUUACCCCGGGAUGCACACCAGGCUCUGGCAGAUGUUGAGAGUAUUGAUGCGGGAAAAGUCACUGUUCGUUUCCAGCCUCUUCCAUCUGCCCCGAUUUUGAAAAACCGGGUGUUCAAGGUCAGCGCUUCACAGAAGUUCGAGACAGUUGUCAAAUUCCUGCGCAAAAAGCUAGACUGCAAAGAGACAGAUUCCGUCUUUUGUUAUGUCAAUAGUGUAUUUGCGCCCGGACUAGAUGAAGGCAUGGGCGGACUAUGGCGGUGCUUCAAAACAGACGAUCAAUUGAUUGUCGCUUAUUCAAUGACGCCAGCAUUUGGCUGA